AAACAAAUAGAUUCGCAUGUACGGCUUUAUCGCGAGGCCAGUAGUGUUUUCCGCACAGAAAGUAUCAAAUUUCCUUUAUGCAAUCCAUAGUUGGAUUACACACAAGAAGCAAAGGAGGGCCGAGUAUAUUUAGCCUCCUAAAUAAACAAAUCAAUCAAGGGAAUGGGGAAAAUCUCUGAAGAGAACGGGACGACAGGCAAGCCCAAAGGUAAUUUAUAGAAGAAUCAAAACACAUCCCAACACGACUUGUCGAGAACCACGUGACACUCAGCCGGCGCAGAACAUAAGCAUCAUCCCUUGUACUUGUCUCCCCACAGGGCUAAGAUCCAAUGGUUUUAUAUCCCAACAUUCGGUUCUCAAUUGCAGUUAACAGGUUUCCAUAUGCGGGCAAGACCACUAUAAAUACGUACAACGUAAGAAAAAAAGAAAAAAAAAUGCUUAACGUUUAGUUGCUGGUUAGGUCUAAAAGCAAAAGUCAGAUACCGCCACUCCAGCAAGUUAUGCAUAGGUUUAGUUCAAACGAAAGAAAACGUUGAGUUCGUUGUGUUUCCUCCAUUCUGAGGAUCCGCGUACUGCAAUUUAGAUUCGUUCUUGGGAAACACCGGAACACGGUUCUUAGAUCAUUACUCUGUGAAAUUAAGCAGGCACAUUUUCCCGUCAUGGGGAUGCAGUACUGAAGAAAGCAAAGCCAUUUAAAUCUCUACUUCUCUUGGAAAAGGAUAGAGGGGCAGAAUUCAAGAGGCAUUGAGAGAAUCUGUAUCUUAGAGAAGAGUCUCAUUUGUUCCAAACCUCAUAGCGAACGACAGACAUCCUUUCAUCCGCCUCCUUUCGCUUAGUAUUUCUAUUAAUAUACGUACCCACGCUGCCUUUAGCCCUCCACCACCACCACCCAAUUGAGUCCAUUCAUAACCGGAAGCUGAAGAGGAAACCUACGGUAGUUUUUCGGAAAGGCCCCUUUGACUGAAUUGCGAUUGGCUCCGCAGCUCGCCCGGGAAGAAAAACUCCCGUCUGCGUCCUGUUUGCCUUGCAAUCAGCAUGGUACCUUCGGCAGAGUUGUAGAAUGGCGAGUUCCCUCAAGCCAAGCAUAAAAGAUUGGUGACUUGGCGGCAUCUGCUCUCGCCGAAGCCAUGAUGGCCUGCUGCUGGCAAAGGCUGGGUCUGGGGGCAUCGCAAGGGACGACUUGGGCAUCGCUCCGGACCAAGAUGAGAGAGGAUCGAUCCUUACGCGACGCUGGGAGAAAAGGGCUGCAUCUCCGCGCUGGAAUGCCAGGGAUGGUCAUCGGUCAUUCCAAAGCGCACCGGCAUCAGCUGCAAGGAAAGCCCACAGUCGAUUCCCAGGGCGUUAGUCGCCGGGUAUCUUCUGCCUCGGCGGGGGGCGGAGACGAAGGGGAUGAGGUCCCAGAACAGGUUAGCCCUAAAUCUCAGCCGGACUCCCUUAGGUCGAGGGCGACGAGCAGAGCUUGGAGAGGGUCGCUAUCGCCCUUAGAAAGGCUGAGCCAGAUGCUUAGAAACGCUGAGCCCCCCGAGCUUCUCUCUGCGGAGAUCAGAGCUCUGAGAAGCGCGGAGGUGAAGGAAUCCAAGUCUCAGGAAUACGAAACGGGCGUCACAGAGGAGGGAGUCUUUCCUGGAGCAGAUUCCCAGCUGGAUCGAGGCUCGCUGGCUGAGAAAAUUAAAAAUGCGUCCUCAAGGAACUGCCCCUUCCGAGUUGGGGAGCUGAUUCUAAUAGAGGGUCAUCGAAAACACGGCACGAAAUGGAAGAUCCAGUGCCUGCUCACUGAUACCGGAAUGUGUAAUACUAAUUUGGGUUUCAUUAGAUUCUCUGAGAUUGUAGGGAGACUCCCUGGACAGCUGUUCCAAACGUCCCAGGGGAAAAUCUUGCUGAUUCGGAGGCCAUCCUUAGAGGAAUAUGUGCUGCUAAUGGAUCGAAAACCUUCCAUCAUCUCUCCGAAGGAUGCCAAUACAAUGCUGCUGUUAAUGGAUAUCACUCAAGGGGACACAGUACUGGAAGCUGGUUCUGGUUCUGGCAGUAUGAGUUUAUUUCUAUCAAAAGCAGUUGGGUCACAAGGUCAUGUUAUAAGUUAUGAAAUCAUAAAACAACAUCAUAAAUUGGCAGAGAAGAAUUUUUGGCAAUGGCGUAAUGCAUGGAAAAUAGGACAUGGUAAAGAGUGGCCAAAUAAUGUGGAUUUCAUUAAUCAAGAUAUUUUGACUGUAGCUGAGGAUUUGAAAUCUGUAAUGCUUGAUGCUGUAGUUCUGGACAUGCUUUCUCCUCAGAAUGCUUUGCCUGCAAUUUUCCCAAGUCUUAAACAAGGGGGAGUCUGUAUUGUAUACUUUGCAAAUAUCACUCAGGUUAUUGAAUUGAUGGAAGCUAUCCGGAUCAGAAAAUUAGCCCUUUUUUGUGAAAAGGUUUUGGAAGUUACACAUAGAGAUUGGCUAAUAUGCCCAGCUACAUGGGAAAAGAGAAAUGUUCUUAAAAAUAUAGCAUCUGAACUAAAUAUCAAUGAUGAAACUCUUUGUCAUUAUGAAAACGAUGUUUCUGCUGAAGAGAGAGGAAGUGAAGUUCUUGCUUCUGCCAAUAUAAGAAUACCUUAUGUUGCUAAACCUUUCCCAUAUCAAGUUGGUCAUACAGUAUUCCUUGUCAAGCUGAGGAAAUUUAAUUCACUAUAUUCAAACACUGCUCCAGAUGGUAUGCGCCAAUUUGAAGACUGUACUUCAUCAGAAAUAACACAUUAGAAGAAAUUUUCCUUGAUACGUGUAUGAUUUGGGAAACAACUGACGUGUUUACACUGACUAAGAUACAGUAUGUUUCAAUAUACUAAUUUGUUUAACAAAUAAAAGAAAUAAAAUAAAUUUAGAUAACAA